UUUUUGCAAGAACAACCAUUGGGUCGCACAUCGAUAACAAAUGGUCGAUUAAAUAGUUCAUAGCCGAUUACGACUUUCAGAACUAUGAGUACUAAAGGUCGAUUUACCUAUCCCUGGUUGCAGCACGUUUUCUUCCAUUGUUUACUUUCUCAAUAGUUUUAUUCUAGCUUUCUUUUCUGUUAAAAAGCUUCCAUUUUAAUCACUGCAAUGGCAACUGAAGGACUACUUCAAGUGAUACACAGUGUCUCUUCGACGGAGAACAAUUUUUUCAACAUAUACGUGGAAGGUUUGGAUGAUCAAGUCUUUGGCAUGCAGGCAGACCGUUUGGCCGAUGUGAUUCAAAACAUUAGCUCCUUGCUCUCCAAAUCUGCAACCCGUUUGUUGGGCCUACGUUUGAUGAAUAAAUUUCUUGACCAGUGCAGUGAAGAUGUCUUCAACAAAACCGGAAAUCUAUGGACCUCCCUAGCCUUGAAGGCCUGUCAUGCUCAUAUGCAGCCGAAUGAAUCCGUGCUGGCCUAUGAAGCACUGGGAAAAAUCACCUCGAAAUCGUUGCAGUCGGCAGAUUUGACAAAAUCAUUUGCUAGUACACAUCUGUCGAAAAUUUAUGAGUCUUUGAACUACGUUCCAGCAGAAAGUGUCAGCUGUGCCCUUCGUUGUGUGGAGAUAUGCCUGCGGUGUUAUCCUGCUUCAAGUGGACCCUCGAGGAAAACUAUUGAAAAAUUCUUGGCCAAGUUUCAUGACUCACUUGAUGGCGACAUUGUGGCCUACAAUGGAAAAUGCUUACACCUGAUGCAGCAGGUUAGUGGCGGCGAAGUUCGUAGUUCCAGCCACAAAGCACAAUGGAAGAAUUACCAGACCCAGUUGGUGGGUAGUAUUCAUGCCAUAUUCAAUGAUAUGUUUGCCCAUUGUAACGAAAUAUGGGAUGAUAAUAUUGUAACCGAUCAACUGAAUAUGGAAAAACUGGUGCUGUCCGAUGAACCUGUCAAUAGAUCUGCUCAACUUUACAUAAGAUGCCACAACUUAAUCCAAUACUUAAUAGCCGCUCUGAAAGAGACAUUUCCAACUGAGAAACCUCUUUUGCCCAAGACUCUCUUGGGGGUUAUUAACCGUGGUCUGAGCGUUACUUUGAAUCUUCUGCACCAGAACCCCAUAACGGAUAAUAUUGCUUUGGCCUUGCUGAUGCCCAAGGUUCACAUUGAUUUGUUACAUUUGUUGGAUGCUGUGGUAUCGAUUUUAAGGGGCCAUAUAUUGCCCUAUUAUAAUCUGAUAUUGGGUUUGCUAAUGGAUAUUAUGAAGGCGACAUCGGUAACUGAGCACAGUGGUAAACAGAAGCCUUUUGCUUUGCUUCGUGCCAAAAUCUAUGACAGUAUUUCACUGUGGUGCAAAAUUCAAGGCAACUCCAGCCGUUGCGAUUCAAUUGCAGAAUAUCUAAUCAAUGAAAUAUUGGCGGAUAUUACACCAGAACAGAAUGAACUCACCUUGCAGGUUUGUGCUGGAUCCGGCAAGCAUUUAUCAAAAAAGAUGAAACGUCAACUUCACAAGGCCCAAAAUGAGCGAUCCAAUAUAUCCAAAAACAGUGUCAAAUCAGCGAAGAACUCUUUGCCGCAAAGGGAUGACAAAAAUCAUUUGGUGGCCAUUGCUGCUUUGCGUUGUCUUCAAGAAUUGUUGCUGUCCGUUGCAAGUUUCCUCAAACCGACAAAAAUAAAGUUACUGCAAAGUACGCUGGUACAAAUUUGUAGCAACUUCUACGAAUUGGCCGGUGAUAUGGGUCAAUUGUACUCAAGUGCCCAAUGUCGCCUUGAGAUUUACAAUGUCUUGUAUGUAGUUGUAUCAACACCACAUCACUUGUCUCCACCACCAAUGGAUUUAAUCAUGAGUUUGCUGAACCACGCUUGUAGUCGUGAUGGAAACGUAAAAGUUCGUAACCAGUGCGCUAGGAUUGUGCAGAAUCUCGAAAAACUUAUUCACCCUCAAAAGGAGUCGUUGGUCUUUCCUAUUGAUGCUCGGGAAAUUCGGAAUGCCUUCAUUAUGUUGGGCCAAGAACGACUAUUGGGUGAUAGUACAGCAUUAAACGGUUUUGAUGGCGAGAGUGAGGUUGAAAAUGAAACUUAUGAAUCAAUCAAUAUCGAAGAUAACGAGAAUGAAAAUGAGAAAUCGCUGGAGGGGAAUAUGGACAUUAUUCCAAAUGAUGAAGUCAUCAAUUUAACAGACAACUUUGUAACACAAGUGGUAGAUAUUUCCAGCGAUAAUGAUGACGAAGAAAUGGAGGAGCAAGCAAAUGGAGAUGACGUUCAAGUUGUAGAAAAUGGCACGGAUGGUAAUGAUAUUGAAUUGGUAGAAAACGAUCGAGAUGAUAAUGUUGACUGCCAAAUCGUUUCACCAACUAUGGAAAACGGAAACGGUCUUCCAGAAAGUAACAGAGCCGAAGAUCAUUUUAACGAAAAUCCAAAAUCGCCUGAUAUAGUUUUGCGUGUUGAAGACUGCGAUAGCCCCCUUGUUCAGCAUGUCGAUGAGGUAGCGCAAGAUGAACCAUGCUCGAAAAAACCAAAAAUAGAUGACAGUAAUGACAUUGAAAACAUUGACGACGAAAAACUUUUGGAAGAUAUAGCUGCAUCUUUCGUCGAUGAUUUGGCUUAGAAACAAAUAUAUAAUCAAUGUUUAAUAAUAAAAGUUAAAAAAAUA